AUGCAAGCUUUUGCAGUAUUCAUAACUUUUAUCCUGACGAAUAUCUAUUCAGUAAUGGGAGCAAUUAAUCUCACCACUUUUCAACAAGAAGCCUUGGCACAACAUAAUUACUACCGGCAACAGAUUCACUGUACUACUGCAAUGACUCUGAAUUCGUCUAUAUCGACAAUGGCACAAAACUAUGCUCAGUAUUUAGCUGCGAACAAUAUCUUCAAUCAUAGUCGAGUGUCUGGUUACGGAGAAAAUCUCUAUUCCAUUUGGGCGUCAAGUGGCAUCGAUAUCCUUAGUGGUUCGAAACCGACUGACGCUUGGUACAGUGAAAUUGCGAGUUACAAUUACAAUUCUCCCGGAUUUUCUUCAUCAACCGGUCACUUUACACAAGUGGUAUGGUCUGCUUCGAUACAAUUAGGUAUUGGUGUUGCACUCACUAGCGACAAUAAAUCAGCUUAUGUUGUUGCAAACUACUAUCCACCCGGAAACAUAGCAGGUCAAUUUGCUGCUGAAGUACCACCAGUGUGUAGUGGAAGUACUAUUUCAUUAUCGACGUCGUUCCUAAGCACAAAAUCAACAAUCGGUGCUAGAAGCAGCGCACUAAUGAAUUGGCUCUAUAAUUUGUUGGCAGUACUUACGAUCAUUGGCUUACAAUUCUUCUAA